UGUUAAAUCAUUUAAAAAAGAAUCAUGAUAAUAUAAGUUUACCGUAAAUACAGCUGUGAAAGUCCCCCAAAAAGAGCUUGUUGAUAGUUACCAUGGCAACCAGCGGCACUCAUGCCAAUAGUCAAUAAUAAUCCAAACAUGGAUCUGGUGGACAACUUUAUGGAAGAUGAAGCUGAGAGACAACGUCUACUUACUAAACCAACUUGCUUCCUUGUGGUUGGAAGACCGGGUGUUGGUAAAUCCACCUUGGCCAAAGAAAUUGCAGAGACCUGGGGAUGUAUAUUAAUUGAUGACACGGAUCUGCUGAACUACCACAUUAAAACUAGAACGGAGGAUGGUAUUAAGCUUUUGGAUAUCCUGAAUGCGGGUGAAAGUGUGCCAGAAGACAUGGUUCUACGGCUCAUAAUUGACAUGCUAAACUCAGUAAAAGCCCAGCACUAUGGCUACGUGUUGAGCUGCCUACCAUUCAUAUCGGAAGAGAAUGUGGCUGUGAAUGAGCAAAUGGAGCUGAUCAGGAACCUCAAACUCACGCCGGACUUUAUCAUCAACAUCAAGUGUGCAGACAAGGAUCUGGUCCAGAGGCUGUCGGGUCAGAAGCAACACCCGGAGACAGGCCUGAUGUACAGUCAAGACAGGUGGAAGUGUGACAGUGACUUUCAUGUCAUAGGAUCUAUAGAUGAAAAAGACGAGGGCCAGGAAGACUCAGAGGAAGAGGAGGAAGAAGAAGAGGAAGAUGAACAAACCCCAAAGAUCACUAUUGACCAGUUGGUGUGGGCCCCAGCAUAUCAUCCGAGAAAUACAUCUCUUAGAAUCAACACAUACAAGGACACCAUCCUGAGACCACUGGAGGACUACAUGAUGGACCACAACCCUAUUUACCUUUUCGAAUUGGACGGAAGUGACAAACCUGAAGCGUUGCUCUUGUUUGUGCUGUCACGUCUAGGAUCGAUGGCAAUACAGCGUGUCUCCAUUCCAGUUGUCCUCCAUCAGGACAAAGAACUGCCCGAAGAUAUCGACACAGAAGACCUAUUGAGGUUCAUGUCUUCCACAAGGAUGAUGGUGCCAGGCUUCAGGUGGCGGAGGAGCCGCUGGGGUCGAAUUUGUCCCGUUGCUCUGAAGGAAGGAAGGUUCCUCCCUGGAAAGCCAGAAUACUCCGUAGGCUUCCAGGACAAACUUUACAUCCUUUCGUCCCAAGAGGCCUUUGAAAAGUUCAUGACCAACCCAAGACGCUACCUGCUCCCUCCAAUGCCCAGCCCCCCUUGCAGGGUUUGCAUCAUCGGAAUCCCGCAAUCGGGGAGGAGCGCCCUUGCCAAACUUAUGGCUGAGCGGCACAAAGUUUCAGUGCUGGAAGUGGAGGCACUGGUAGAGCCUCUGCUGUCUCAGCUGGAGCAGGAGAGGCUUGACAAAAUCAAAGAGGAUGGAUUGCAGGCCGCUAUUGAGAAGAUUAGUUUGAAGGAGCAAAGCGAUCAGACUUCAGGUACCGAUGACAAGCCAGCUGUGGAGGUCACAGAGGAUCAUCCUGAGGUAAAAGCCCUUUUGCAGAGUACCUUGGAGGAGGCCAAACAAUCGAUCGAGACAGACAAGGAAAUCUAUUCUCUAGCUGUUAACAAGAUUAUAACAGAAAACGAAGAGGCGAAUGCGAAAGCCGAACUCGGCAUGGGCUGGGUGCUUGAUAAUUUUCCUAAAAAUGUGUCCCAGUUGGAAUCAUUAGAACGAGCCGGGAUCCAUCCAGAUUUCCUCUUCUGUCUCAUGUACAAUGAAGGAGAAAAGACUUCUCCGGAUACAGAGCAGCAAAAAGCUGAAAAGGUCCUGUUUACAAGAGAAUGGGAGGGAAUGCAGUUGUCUCUAAGCAUUAGCCACUCAGUAUUGGAGGCAGGCAACCGCAGCCCUGAGGAACUUCUCGACGAGAUUGUCCAGCUCAUGGAGAAACCUUUCAAGUUUUUGCCCAGAGAAUUUUCAGCAGUGGACCUGGAUGAGGAGACGGAGGAUAUCGAAGCCAUGGCAAACCUGGAUGAUGAUGACGAAGACAGCUUUUCCAAGGAUACAGAUGAGGAGGAGGAUGAAGGAGAAUCGGAAUCCUCAGGGGACGUAACACCCAAGAGAGCCUUUGGUGAAACCUAUCAUUUCUGUCCAGUGGUACUGCAGAGGCAAAAUACGCUGAUGCCCAGUAUAGAUGAGAUAGCCGCCAGGUAUCGAGAGAAGGUCUACUAUUUCUCCAGCGUGGAAGCCAGGGAAGACUUCAUUCUGAAUCCAGAGGAGUUUGUCGCACGCACUGAGUUGUUAAAGCCCCCUGCCCUACGGAUCUUUUUGCUCGGUUGCAGAGGGUCGGGCAAGACCACUCAAGGUGAGUGGCUUGCCAAAAAACUGGGCCUCUUUCAUGUCCAGUUCAGGGAGCAGCUUCAAAUGCUCCUUGUGGCAAAGACGAAGGAGCGGGCUGUUAACGCAGACGAGUCGACAGAGGAGCACCUCGAUGCCUUGAAGGCUACCAUCAAAGAAGCUCUUGGGGAGGAGGAUGUUGAGACCACCAACGAGUCGUUUUUGCAGGAUGGGGAACUGGCUGAGGAGGAAAUCAGUAUCAAAGCCUAUUUGGUGGAUGGCAUUCCAUUGAGUCAACAUGUACUAGAAAAGGUCCUUAAUCCAUAUUGGAAAACGGAGCCUUUCAUGUCUACAGGUUUUAUUCUCGAGGGUUUCCCUCUUAACACUGAGGAAGUGCACCACGUGUUGCAGUAUCAGCUUUUCCCCGAUGUUGUGGUCACCUUGACGGCGGAGGUGUCUGACAUUCAGACGCGUCUGCUGCCAAAAUUUUGGCAGAGGUGGAAGGAGCACUGCGAUCGGCGAGAAGCUUUGCUCGACGUCCUACGUGAAAUGAACCGCAAGACUCGAGAAGACAACAUUGAGAAGAGGAGGGCAGAUCUAAUGGAGGAGAAAGGCGUUUCUUCGCUAAACACAGCAAAAGCCGAAGACGAGGACGGGGACGGGGACGGGGACGGGGAAGGCUCAAACAUCGAGGAUGAGAUCGAGGCUAUCUUGGAGGAGGAGUUUCCCCUUGAAGGGGACGACGAAUUCAGGGAUGAAGAGGAGACCGAGGAAGCAACUGACGACAGGCUGAGCAUGGAGAUCGAAGAGCGCUACGUGACUGAUACCAACAACAUUGCUUCUGUGUUGGAGCUUGUGGCCGAGCUGAACAUUCCGAGGAUAUCUAUAAAUGCGUCCCGUAAGACACAGAUUGUUCGACGUCAACUCGUCCUGAAAGUGGAGCCUUUGUUCACCAACAGGGAGUCACUCUUCCAAAGAUGCCUGGCCAUUUCGUACAACUUGUCACAGCAGCUACUCCUCUACUCUUACAAGUUUCAUAGUGCCUUUGGCUGCUUGGACCCCGUUAGGCGGUAUAAUGAAAGAGAUAUCAUCCAGCCUUUGCUGUGGCCUCUUGAUGGCGCCUAUCCCGUGCUCCUCAAUCAGUAUAUCUACUUUUUAGAGUCUAAGAAGAACCAACAAACAUUCAUGCUCAACCCUUUAAAGUACCUCAGGCAGACCAAGCCCUCCCCUACGCUUCCUGUUAAAAUGGCCAUUAUUGGACCACCAAAAUCAGGGAAAACUGGCGUCGCGCAGAUGUUGUCUCAGAAGUACGGCUUGGACCUGCUGUCCAUUGGUGGCGUCAUGCGUCGGGUUCUCGACACCCAGGAUCACAGCGAUUUGGCCACGCAGAUGAAAGAGCAUCUCCACGAAGGCCUUGCUGUGCCUGAUGAACUGGCCAUCCAGUGCCUGGAGCUGGUGCUCAUGAGCAUGGUCUGCUGCACCCAAGGGUAUGUGUUGGAUGGCUUUCCCAUGACAAUGAAGCAAGCACAGCUAAUGCAGUCUCACAGCAUCAUCCCCAUGAUCAUGGUUGAGAUUGAGAUGGGGACAGUGGAGGUCCUCAAGAGAGGCCUUGCUAGCAAGAUGGAGGAAAACAAGCCCCACUUGGCGCACGACAGCACAGCGAUCCUCCACAUACGUAACACCUGUUACACUCAGGAGGCUGAGAAUAUGAGACAACAUUUCCGACAACAAUAUGAUAACUUGAUCCCGCUUGAUGGCCUCAAGAGCAAGUGGUACAUGUGGGAGACCCUUAUCAAAGAGAUAAGCACCAGCAUGAAAUACAUCCACACUUACCUAAAGAGGACACGAAGCGGCCAAGCUGGCUGCAUCAACAAGCUUUGUGUUACACCCAUGGAGUUUCAGCGACAGCUUGGCGAGUUCGGUCAGUACUGCCCCGUCUGCCUUGCUCUGGAUAACCACAUAGUGGACUGCUCAGAAACGCCAUCCCUUAUGUAUGCCGCUGAAUACAAGAGACACUACUUCAAGAUGUGUGACACGCACCAUUUGGAGAUAUUCCUGUCAACUCCGGAUCAAUUUAUCACCCCUGACUGCCCACGCCCUCUCCCGGAGCUACACCUGCUGCCACAAAGGUUGACGGAAGCCGAUGUAAAGGACAGAUCCUCGCAGCAGUUUGAAAUGGAGGGCUUCUGCCCCGUCACUUAUCUGGAUGGAAAGCAGAGGUAUGAAGCCUUGGUGCGUGGAAGCAGUGAAUAUGCGGUGGAAUACAGAGAACGCAUCUACGCUUGUGAGACGAAGCAGAAACAGUACAAGUUUUUGAGCGCUCCUGAGCUCUACUGGAACCUGCAGUUGCCCAGUAAGGUUCCUCCUCUGUGUGAGCCAAUCCCCCUCACCUGCCUUCCCACAUUAGGGUACCUGGAACAGGGUGUGGCAGUGUCAGUCAUUAAGGCCAUGACAGCUGUUGGGUGUCUGAAACCAAAGUUUCCCUUCUACAGUAUGGAAAGAUCAGCUCUCCACUAUGUGGCAUUUUAUAUGAAAGCGUUCAACCAUCGCAGCACAGUGCACAUUCGCCAGAUGUACAAAAAGAAGUUGGCCUCAUUUGAGGAGAGUUGCACACUCAUUCCCUACCUGAGCUCGUUGAUGAAAGCACCUUAUAAGUUCCCCAGUGAACAACCAAUUGACUUUGAGUUCAAGCUGAACAAGUUCCUAGCCUUGAAUGACUCUCCUGAAGACGAAACCGAGCUCUAGCCAACAUGCCUAUAUCAGAAAUUCAAUCUACAGAGUGUUUCUCUGGUUGAGGAAUGUUUCUAGAAUAUUGUCAAAGUGUGACGAGGGCCUUAAACUUCAGAGUGGUCACAGUAGCGUGAGAAAAAAAAAAAAAACAUGUUUCAUAAAUUCAGUGAAGCCAAAGGCACAAGUUAUGUAUUUGACCUUCUAUGGUGAGAGAAUGUACACUACCGUUCAAAAGUUUGGGGUCACCCAAACAAUUUUGUGGAAUAGCCUUCAUUUCUAAGAACAAGAAUAGACUGUCGAGUUUCAGAUGAAAGUUCUCUUUUUCUGGCCAUUUUGAGCGUUUAAUUGACCCCACAAAUGUGAUGCUCCAGAAACUCAAUCUGCUCAAAGGAAGGUCAGUUUUGUAGCUUCUGUAACAAGCUAAACUGUUUUCAGAUGUGUGAACAUGAUUGCACAAGGGUUUUCUAAUCAUCAAUUAGCCUUCUGAGUCAAUGAGCAAACACAUUGUACCAUUAGAACACUGGAGUGAUAGUUGCUGGAAAUGGGCCUCUAUACACCUAUGUAGAUAUUGCACCAAAAACCAGAUAUUCGCAGCGAGAAUAGUCAUUUACCACAUUAGCAAUGUAUAGAGUGUAUUUCUUUAAAGUUAAGACUAGUUUAAAGUUAUAUUCAUUGAAAAGUACAGUGCUUUUCCUUCAAAAAUAAGGACAUUUCAAUGUGACCCCAAACUUUUGAACGGUAGUGUAUAUUACAGAAAUAUAGUUUUCUGGGGCAACUCUUAUACAUUGUCUGAGGGAGGCUCACUGUGCCACACAUUGGACAGACUCCCCAUGUAAAGUAUUUUUUCUCCACUUAAAUCAUAGCUAAAAACCAACCAAUA